CAGAGAAGCUAAAUGAAUAGUUGGAUAUCCCCAAGGAUUGUCUUCAGUCAUGGCCUUGGGGUUGAAGUACUUCCGUCUGGUGCACCCAGCCUUUCGCAGUUACCUUGCGGCUUUGAUCAAACCUGUUUCGGAAGUGACACUGAAGACAGUGAGUGGAAGGCAACUUGACCAUAGGCACGCCCUGACCUCCCCACCUGUUCCAGUCCGCCAGUUUGCUACCAAGAAAGCCAAAGCCAAAGCAAAAGGACAACCCCAAGCCAGAAUCAAUAUUAACACUGCUUUGGUUGAGGAUAUAAUCGACUUGGAAGAGGUGGAUGAAGAAAUGAAAUCUGUUAUGGAAGCACUCAAAGACAAUUUCAAUAAAACUCUCAAUAUAAGGACCUCACCAGGAUCCCUUGAUCAGAUUACUGUGGUGACUGCUGAUGGGAAGCUUGCCUUAAACCAAAUCAGCCAGAUCUCCAUGAAGUCACCACAGCUGAUUUUGGUGAAUAUGGCCAGCUUCCCAGAGUGUACAGCUGCAGCUAUCAAGGCUAUAAGAGAAAGUGGAAUGAAUCUGAACCCAGAAGUGGAAGGGACACUAAUUCGGGUACCCAUUCCGAAGGUAACCAGGGAGCACAGAGAAAUGCUGGUGAAACUGGCCAAACAGAACACCAAUAAGGCCAAAGACUCUUUAAGGAGGGUUCGCACCAACGCUAUGAACAAGGUGAAGAAAUCCAAGGACAAGGUCUCAGAGGACACCAUCAGGCUCAUUGAGAAGCAGAUUGGCCAAAUGGCUGAUGACACAAUUGCAGAGCUGGACAAAUACCUGGCAGUGAAGAUCAAAGAACUCCUUGGAUGAACGUCUGUCAGGUGCCAGCCAUAGUCCGGAGCUCAGGUCCCAGUGGGCCUCCGGGUGGCCUCCUGGAGGGUCUGCUGCUGGCCGAGGACCUGUGCUCAGGGCGUUUGCCAUGACUGUGCUGCAGCCCAGGACUGGGAUCGCAGACCCACCUCCCAGAUCCUGCUCCUACUCCCGGGCGCCUCCUUUCCAGGCAGGCCGUGUUCCUGUUUGGAACUCUGUCCGGGAUGAUGUGGGCCUUCACCGUGACCGGGCUUCUCUGCUAGAGGCACAUGCUCACCAAAGGACAGCAUCUACAUUAGCCUCCAAGAAUGACAGCCACAGGGGAGCGGUAGAGUUGGGCUGAUGGGUGACCUCUAGGGCCUGUGUGUUAAGCCUCUGGGUCACCUUCACAAGGCCCUGCCCUCUGCCUGGAUCUCUCGGGCACCUGUCGCCAUCAGCAUCAGCAUCAGCAGCUGCUCCUGUUCAUCUGGACACCUCGCCCUCUGGCAAGUCUCCCUUUCCCCUCUCCAGGACCCCCUUCCCUGGCUCUUACAGCACAGUCUGCUGCUUUAUUUGAACCCUGACUAGUCUGUCUGCUGCUUAGUCUCUGCCCCCUGAGAACUUGGCAUAAAUACCUGGAACACAGUAGACAUUGAUGUUUGUGUGUGAAUCAAUUACACCUAGCAGUACCUAACAGAUGUGGGCUGUUUGGCCUGUCCCUAGGCCUAGCUCUGCCUUUCUGUUAUUUUCUACACCUGCCCUUAUCUUCAGAUUUAUUGGUAAAGAGAUGUCUUCUAGUGCCUGCUUCUCGUCUCAGGAGCCUCUUGCUGUUGACAGACAAGUUCUGGUUCACCUGUGGGUCCUGGGUU